UGGCGCCAGCGCUCAUAUAGGAUGCGCGGGGAUGGGACCGAGUCGGCCAGAGCAGCGGCUUUGCCAUCUGAGUAACACUCUCCAUCCAACCUCCUCGGCUCUUCCCGCGCUCGCUCUGCCUUUGCCCCCUCCUCUCUCUCUUCGCUUUUUUAAUUCCCCCUCCGUUCUCCCCCUCUUUGCCGCACUCGCAUCCUCCACGCCGGCAUUCAUCGCCACCCAGCCUCCCGCGCCGGGUGCUGCCCUGGCGCUUCCCCGGACCUGCCUCCGCUGCCCGCCUGUUGACGGAGGGACACGCUGACUUCAGGGGUCCUCUCCCACUCCUCAGAGGGCGCGCUCCACUCACCCGGCGGUUUUCUUUCGAAGAAAAGCCACCCCAAUCUCCUAAAACCCAGCGGGCAGCGUCCAAAGCGACCCCCCGAGCAGCGCUGCCCGCCCCCACCGAGCGCCGCUCGCUCCUGGCCUGGGGGUGGGUGCGAGGGGAGGCCCAAGGCCAUGGAGGUGGCCACGGAUCAGCCUCGCUGGAUGGCCCACCACGCCGUGCUCAACGGGCAGCACCCCGACAGCCACCACCCCGGGCUGCCUCACAACUACAUGGAACCGGCGCAGCUCCUACCUCCGGAUGAAGUCGACGUCUUCUUCAACCACCUGGACUCCCAGGGCAACCCUUACUACGCCAAUUCCGCCCAUGCCCGGGCCAGGGUCUCGUACAGCCAGGCACACGCCCGCCUGACCGGGAGUCAAAUGUGCCGGCCUCACCUUAUCCACAGCCCCGGGAUCCCUUGGCUGGACAGCAGCAAGGCGGCACUGUCUGCCCAUCACCACAACCCCUGGACCGUCAGCCCCUUCACCAAGACACCCCUUCAUCCCUCGGCGGCCGGAGCGCCUGGGGCCAUCUCGGUGUACCCGGGCAGCAGCACCUCCAGCACCGCCUCCGUGUCUUCGCUCACCCCGGCCUCGCACUCCGGCUCCCACCUCUUCGGCUUCCCCCCGACCCCUCCCAAGGAAGUGUCCCCAGACCCCAACUCCACCAGCGCCGCCUCCCCUUCUUCCUCCGCCGGGGCUCGGCAGGAGGACAAAGACAGCAUCAAGUACCAAGUGUCGCUGUCGGAGGGGAUGAAGAUGGAGAGCGCCAGCCCGCUCAGAAGCAGCCUCACCAGCAUGGGGGCCCAGCCCUCCACCCACCACCCCAUCCCCACCUACCCCUCCUACGUGCCGGCAGCCCACGACUACAGCAGCAGUCUCUUCCACCCGGGCAGCUUUCUGGGGGGCCCCGCGUCCAGCUUCACCCCCAAGCCGCGGAGCAAGGCCCGCUCCUGCUCGGAAGGCAGAGAGUGUGUGAACUGUGGAGCCACUGCCACCCCUCUCUGGAGAAGAGACGGCACCGGGCAUUACCUGUGUAACGCCUGCGGGCUCUACCACAAAAUGAACGGGCAAAACCGACCUCUCAUUAAACCCAAGCGAAGGCUGUCAGCGGCCAGGAGAGCAGGGACUUGUUGUGCCAACUGUCAGACAACCACCACGACCUUAUGGCGACGUAAUGCAAACGGGGACCCAGUUUGUAAUGCCUGUGGACUCUACUAUAAAUUGCACAAUGUGAACAGGCCUCUGACCAUGAAAAAGGAAGGAAUUCAGACCAGGAAUAGGAAAAUGUCCAACAAAUCAAAGAAAAGCAAGAAAGGCUCUGAGUGUUUUGAGGAACUGUCCAAGUGCAUGCAGGAGAAGUCGUCUCCCUUCAGCGCUGCUGCCCUUGCCAGUCACAUGGCGCCCAUGGGGCAUUUGCCCCCUUUCAGCCACUCUGGACACAUCCUACCAACACCUACCCCCAUCCACCCAUCUUCCAGCAUCUCAUUUGGACACCCACACCCAUCCAGCAUGGUUACAGCCAUGGGAUAAAACCUGAUGACCAAGAGACCCAUCCAGAUAUUAGGAACAUGGGACUUUGCCUAAGAUGACAGCAAGUAAGACAAUGUUCUGCCAAGAGGAGAAUGUAGGGAUGGCAAAAGGAGACCUUUGCUCCCAUGUGGUUAACUUUUAAUGCUGGACUAAAACCUUGCAAAUGAUGGGUCUUCUGCAGAAGUGUGUAGUGGUGCCUGUAAUGCACUUUGCCCCCUCAGGUAUAAGAAAAAAGAACUCACCUGUUUGAUACUAAUGGUCCAGCAGGAAGCAAAAGAUGGCAGAAGCUGAAAGAGAAGGCUUGGAACUGGUUUUCCUUUCUCUCUUUGUUAUUACUGUGAAUAUUGUAAAGAGAUAUAAGCAGCCUCCCAGGAUGGAACUGGCUCACUGGAAGCCAGACAUGCUGGAUUUCUAUUGCGGACUUUGGGAUAGGGAAAAAAAGAAGAAAAAAAAACCAAAAAAAAGAAAAGUAAAAAAAAAAAAACAAAAACAAACAAGAGAAAGAAAAGGGCAUCUUUAUUAAACCAUAAGUUUUAAAAUCAGACACAAAGUCAUAUUUAUUUUAUUUUCCACAAAAAGCCUCAACCCCUCUGAUUGCAUGUUUGUGUGCUGUCAUUUGCAAUGGCUACCCUGUAAGAAAAGCUGCCUUCAAAACAAGGAGAGGGGAAAUUUACUCAACAGCCCUCUUGGAUUAGCUCCAUCUAUCUUCCAUACCAAAGUUACCAGGAAGGGGGAAAAGAUUGCGAGGGCCAGGAACAAAGCAAAAAUGUAGCCGUAAUACGGGAUUUUAAUAUACCCAAGAUGGUGAUUAUUUUGACACAAUUCCUUCAUUCUUCUCCCUAACAUGAAAUAUUUAUUUUAAAAAAGAGCCCCUCUCCCAACUACCCUAUUGUUCCUCAAACCAGACAACCUAGGUCAGACAAACUUGCUGGGAAAAAACUCGGGGGAAGGCAAUCCUGCACUAGCAAGGGGUGAGAGCUGCAACACAAUCUUGGUAAAUGCCUGUAGAAGUUCUAGCACAGCCAAAACUGUAAUGGGGCACAAAAACCAUCCUGCUCGCAGACUCUGGAGGUUGAAGCAUUUUGUUCUGUUGUGUUGGCAGCUGUCGCUUAAAAAUGCAGAUUAGCUGCUUGGGUAAACUUUGGGCAGUGUGGCCACCACAUCCACAUGCAGCCAGCGCCUGCUGUCUCAGGCACCCACCCCGGUGGAGUCCACCGGGAGCAAGGGCAGAAAGGAGGCUGAGAUCACUGGAGAGGGGAAAAAGAGAGACAAUCAGUUUGAGCUUCACACAUCCAUCAAAUCCCAGACGCAGAGACAGCUGAGGGAAAGCAUCGUUCUAAGGGGAACGUCUGUUUUCCGUAGCGGAUUUUAUAUGAAAAAGAGAAAAGAACAAAAAAAAAAAAAAAAAAAAAGAAAUCUCCCAUUAUGAAACCAUAUUGUACGUAAAUGACCGAAAACAAAGCUAUUGCCAAUGUGAAGUGUAUUCUAUUGAUUGUUAUGAUCUGAUGCCUCUUGUGAUCACAAGCUCCAGUAUAACAUACAGUGUACAUAUUUAGGUAUACUUCUGAUGAAAAUGCCCCAAUGAACAGAGGGGUUUGAUAAUGUAAACCACGUAAGCUUAACUCUGUGAAAAGCUUUUUAUUUUAUUUUUUUAAAUUUUAACUAUUUUGUUGUUGGGUUUUUCUUUUUCCUUUUUUUUUUUUUUUUUUUUUUUUGAAUCAAGCCAAAUUGUAUCUUUACUGCAAAAGUCCUGCUUUAAAGAAAAACAGAAUGAAACAAAAAAAGGAUGUAUGUAAAUUUUUUUAAGCCUGUAAUUUUUAAGCCUACUAAAAUGUAGUAUUUUAUAAUUAAGAACCAAGCAGCCAUGAAAAUCCUGCUUUCCUCUUUUUUUUUGGUCUGUGUAGGCAUAUAGGUGCACUUUGUAAAGAAGUGGAAAUAAAUGGGAAACUAAAUUGGUUGGGAGAAAUCAUAAGAAUUUUUAAUCUACUGAGGUAAAAAAUUAGGUCCUUUUUGCUUUUUACCUUUUACAAUGGUACAGUUGUACAUUAUUUGUACCCAACUCAAAUUUCUGUAGGAUUUGGGCAGAGGGGAAGGGGUGUGGGUGAAAGACAGGGAUUACUGAUACAGUUGACAAAGUGCAAUAUAUUGUCAGUCACUGCAGCAUAGACAACAGCAGUUGAGAUUUAAAUUAUUUUGUACUUGUAUCAGCAUAAAAAAAUUCUUCAGUAUUUUCUGUUUUUAUUUUAAUUUUUAUUUUGCUUAUUUUUGGAUUAGUGAACUAAAUUAUUGUUAAUUAUGUACAACAUGUUUAUAUAUUGUCUGUAAAAAGUGUAUGCUUUCCUCAUAUUCCUUCCAGGUGAAUAUUGCUAAGAAUAAUAAAUACCUUUUUUGUGAAA